AUGGGGGGCAAAACAUCAAACAAGGCGGGCUACUUCGACAAGCUCAAGGGCUUGUUGGAGGAGUACCAGUCCAUCUUCAUCGUCAGCGUGGACAAUGUCAGCUCGCAGCAGAUGCACGAGAUCCGGCAGUCGCUGCGCGGCCAGGGUGUGGUGCUGAUGGGCAAGAACACGAUGGUGCGCCGCGCGCUGCGGACGUUUGUCAUAGACUCGCCCGAGUACGAGCGCCUGCUGCCGUUUGUUAAGGGCAACGUCGGCUUUGUCUUUACGAACGCGGACCUGAAGGAGGUGCGCGACAAGAUCCUGUCGAACAAGGUGGCAGCACCGGCACGUGCAGGUGCAGUGGCCCCGGUGGACGUGUGGGUGCCGGCCGGCAACACCGGCAUGGAGCCCGGCAAGACAUCCUUCUUCCAGGCGCUCGGCGUGCCGACCAAGAUUGCCCGUGGUACUAUUGAGAUCACGACGGACCUGAAGCUCGUCGAGAGCGGCCUCAAGGUCGGUGCCUCGGAGGCGACGCUGCUGAACAUGCUCAACAUUUCGCCCUUUACGUACGGCAUGGGCAUCGCUCAGGUCUACGACCAGGGCAACGCCUUCCCGGCCUCGGUCCUGGACAUUGGCGAGGAGCAGCUCCUGGCCUCGUUCCAGUCGGCCAUUGCCACCAUCACCAGCAUCUCGCUGGCCCUCAACUACCCUACCCUGCCGUCUGUCAUCCACUCGCUCCUCAACAGCUACAAGAACGUGCUCGCUGUCGCCAUCGGCACCGAGUACAGCUGGGCUGCCAUCGAGGAGCUCAAGGACCGCAUCGCCAACCCGGAGGCCUAUGCUGCUGCUGCGCCGGCUGCCGCGGCCGAGGAGACCAAGGCCGAGACCAAGGCCGAGGAGAAGGAGGAGGAGGCCGAGGAGUCUGACUCUGACGGCGGCUUCGGCGGUCUCUUCGACUAA